UAUCCCAAGUUGCGUUGCAGAAUAUAUUGAUUGGCACCCCUUAUAGUGCUCCUUUGAAAUUGAGGCCAACCCAAAUCUGCAGAAAAAAAUAAAUAAAAAUAUAUUAGCCUUGUAUUUGCUUCAGCUUGCUGUUGCCAUGGCAAAGCCUGAUUAUCAGGGCAAAAGCUUGCCUCUUUGGGACUUCAACACCAUCUUGGCGUCUCAAGGAGUUGAAUUCCUUUUAUCCGGUGAAGAAAAGGUACCCUUAACUUCAUUUAAUAACGAGAAGACGAUUAUCUGCCUUUUCUUCUCGGCAAACUGGUGCAGGCCCUGCCAAGGUUUUAACCCCAAACUGGUGCACCUAUACAACACGUUAAGAACAAUGGGGAAAGAGGUAGAGAUUGUGUUUGUUUCCCUCGACCACGAUGCCGAUGGAUUCGAUGUGCACUUCAAGACUAUGCCGUGGCUUGCUGUCCCGUUUGAUGUCAAUUUGCACAAGAGAUUACGCGAAAGGUUUCAUGUGAAUCGUAUUCCGUCCCUCGUCCAUUUAAAUUUGGAUGGACAAUCAGUUGAUGAAGACUUGAUUGGAUUGAUUGAAGAUUACGGUGAAGAUGCGUUUCCGUUCACAAGGAAGAGACGAGAAGAAUUGAAUGCUCUCGACGAUUCGAAGCGUCAAGGAGGAAAAUUUGAUCAACUUUUAGCUGGUCCAGGACGAGAUUAUGUCAUUGCUAGCAAUGGUGGAAAGAUAUUAGUAUCCGAGCUUGUUGGGAAGACGGUCGGCCUUUACUUCGGCGCACAGUGGUGUCCUCCAUGCCGUGCUUUCACUGCACAUCUUGUAGAAUCAUACAAACAGUUAAGGAGCAGCAGGGGAGGAUGUUUUGAGGUUGUUUUGGUUUCUUCAGACAGAGAACAGAAUGAAUUCGAUGCCAAUUUAUGCAGUAUGCCAUGGCUGGCUGUUCCAUUCGAGGAUCGGACUCGACAAGAUCUGUGUCGGAUCUUCAACAUCAAAGCCAUUCCCGCAUUGGUUCUGAUUGGUCCAGAUGGGAAACCGAUUAGCACAAAUGGGAAGAACAUAAUCACCCUGUAUGGUGCAAAGGCGUUCCCUUUCACUCAAUCAAGCAUCGAAGAGAUCGAAGCAAACUUGAAAAAAGAAGGGGAUUUAUUGCCUAGGCAAAUCCAGGACAUCAAGCAUGAACAUGUGCUUAAACUGGACAUGGCUAAAGCAUAUGUUUGCUAUAAUUGCAAGAGACAAGGUAAGUUCUGGGCGUUCUCAUGCGACGCCUGCGAUUACGAUCUUCAUCCAACUUGUGUGGAAGAAGCAUGUUAGUACCAUACUUGAAUUUCCAACCAUAGCAUUCACAGCAUGACAUUUAACGUUACAGAAAGUAUCUGUGCACUCUGUGUAUUAUGUAAUUCAUCUCUUCAGCAUAUUUAAACUUGAGAUCAAUCGAACCCGCAACGGAUUUACAGAUUACUCGAGGACGA